CAGCGUUACGUGCAUAUCGCCAUCUAGCGGUCAGUACUUCACUUUUUGCAUCGUCACAUGAGACAGGUCAUAAGAAUUACAUCCGGUGCAGGUGGUUGGGUCAAACGGAGAGGUUUUGCAUUUUAUAAACGUCAUGUUAUUACGAAAGGUGUUACAGUGCAGUGUAUCUGCCAUGAAGAGCAAGCGGUCAUUUCAUCAGAGUGCUCCGUGGAGGAAUCCUCUCAUCCCCAUCGUUGUAGAGCAGACAGGACGAGGAGAACGUGCCUACGAUAUCUACUCACGCCUUUUGAGAGAGAGAAUAAUCUGCGUAAUGGGUCCAGUCGAUGACUCUGUGGCAAGUCUGGUGAUCGCACAGCUGCUUUUCCUUCAGUCAGAGAGCAACAACAAGCCUAUUCACAUGUACAUCAACAGUCCUGGUGGUGUGGUUACAGCGGGGCUGGCAAUCUAUGACACUAUGCAGUACAUCCUCAACCCUAUCUCUACGUGGUGUGUAGGCCAGGCUGCUAGCAUGGGCAGUUUACUGCUGGCUGCAGGCACUGCAGGAAUGAGGCACUCGCUGCCAAACGCCCGCAUAAUGGUGCACCAGCCUUCUGGAGGGGCCAGGGGUCAAGCAACGGACAUUGCCAUCCAGGCCGAGGAGAUUCUCAAACUUAAGAGACAGAUUAACAACAUCUACUGUAAACAUACAGGACAACCUCUGGAAACGAUAGAAAGUGUGAUGGAGAGAGACCGAUACAUGAGUCCCAUGGAGGCACAAGACUUUGGGAUUAUUGACAAAGUCCUGGUCCACCCUCCCCAGGCUGGGCUGGAUGAGCCAGAGCUGGUCCAGAAAGAACCAACCACCUCAGCCAGCCCCUCUGUCUCCUCUGAACCCUCAGUCUCAGGAUUGGCACAGUCUGGAACCAGUCCAGCUUCUUCUUACAAACCAGAACCAUGACAUGCAGGACCAGUCAGUGAUCGGUCUUAGCCACUGAUACGGUCUUUUUUUUUUUUUUAAAUGGUAUGAAAUAUCCGAGAGUAUCUUUGUUCCUCUCUGAUAUGCAAACAUGAGCCUGUGUUGUGUGUAUCACACUGUACUGAUCAAGCCUCAUCCUGAGACAGUAAAGACUGACAAGUUAAACUCAUCAUGGACAAUUAUAUAACAAUAUGGGACUUUGUCAUACUCAUAUGUGAUGUACAAAAAGUCUUGAGAUUUUCCAAAUCAGGAUCACCAAUAAAAAAACACCUGAAG